CCUUCGUGACCUUCCAACUUGGCCUCAAUCACCUGAAAUACGGUGGAGACGGAAACUCAGCUGCGAUGGCAGGAUCUGAUGACUUCGCUUCUCUGAGCUUAUUUCUCGCGACACCCGAACAAGUCGUAGAGUCCCGACGGCGGACUUGGGUGCAGUGGGGUCGGGGUCUGACCAUCGAGCAAUAUCUUGAGCGCGAUGCAUCGAUGGAUUCGUUGGAGCAUGCACGCGAUGGGAAGCUACGCACCUGGGUUUUGGCGCCCCGAAGCGAUCCUACGACCCUCGAAUUCAAAUGUGCCUGCGAAACGUUCCGACGCGUCGGGCUGAUCAGCGGGACAUCUGCUGGUGCAGUGCCCGAAGAGGUAGUCUGCUACGGCGUCGCAUCCGUCUUCACGCCGGCGCAGUAUCGCCGUAAGGGGUACGCGAACCACAUGAUGAGGCUUUUGCAUUGGGUUCUCGGUGCGCGCGAUACUACUGCGACGUUCCCGGACGCGUGGGGUACGCCACCCGAGGAAAUCGAUGGCGUGCCGAGGGGUAUUUGCUCGGUGCUGUACAGUGACAUCGGGCCCGACUUUUAUCGCAAGUGCGGGAAGACCCCGGAGGACGAGGGAUGGGUCUUGCGCGGCGCCAACGCCACGGUAUGGAACGUGGAGGAGACGCUGGCGCGCAUGACCGGGGCGGAGAAGUCUGCAGGAGAAUGGAGAUGGCUGGAUGAAGACGAAUGCAAGACCGUCUGGGAAGACGACGAGCGGAGAAUGAGAAAGGACCUCGUCGAGGCCGCUGCAGCUUUGGCGCAGAGCGAGCCGCGCGUCGAUAGUCUGUUCACGGUCCUUCCCGGUGGAGGAACGGCCGCAUCCCAGAUAGCGCGGUCGAAAUUCUACCUUCAAGCGUCGGGGAAGCCUGAAGCCGAUGCGGCCUGGGGUGUCGCAUUGUAUGGGGAACAGGACUCAAUCGAUGGGUACGCGACAUGGACCCUGGAUCUCCCCGCGCCGACGAUGAUCUUGACGCGGUUGCGCGCUAUCGACGAGACCUUUGCAGGGUUGCUAGCGAGAGUCCUGAAAGCGGCCAAGAAGGCGGGGAUGACGCGCGUCGAAGCUUGGAACCUGCCUCUGCAUUUGCAGGGGGUCGCGAAAGAUCUGGGAGGAGAAUACGAGGACCGAAAGGACCAUCUAAGCGCGAUCAGUUGGUAUGGGAAGGAGCACCCGGGAGAAGUUCAUUGGCUAUUCAAUGAGCGCUUCUGUUGGUGUUAGCUGAUACGAGUAACGAACGAAUCAAAUACUCGGUAAUAGCAACAACGCCUCUAACCCGUCGCGUCGGCUGACGAGAGAGGGAUAC